AUGCUUGGUGGGGGAGGGGAGAGCAAGGGUUCAAAGAGACCCGGCCUUGCUAAGAAACCCCGGGCUGGGGAGCCCCACGGCCGCCUCCCCCCACCCUCGCGGCCGUCCCCCGCCCGGCGGCUGUCUCCCCAGGGCCUGGACGAUGACCUGGGCCAGGGACACUGGUCCCCAGCUCUGCCCGCUGCCACCGGGAAGACGGCUUCAGCGGGCCCCAAGGUCACCGCGACCGGGAGAUCGCGCAGCCCAGGGGGUCGCCCGGCGCCGCCGCCGCGGAGUAAACAAGCCCCCCACCCACCACGCCGGCCCUCGCGGGGUCGCCGCCGAGCCGGGGCGCAGGAGGCGCAGGAGGGCGGCCGAGGCCCCGUUGGCCCAAGGACGCGUCCCCUGGAGCGGAGCCCGGCGGAAAGCGGGGGGCGAGGGCGGGGACCAGGAGGUGGCGCGUCCUUACCCGGAGCCGAGGUACCAGCCAGAGGGACUGGCCGCGCCGGCGCCGGCGGUUUUAUCUCUCCGGGAGGGAGGGGGUCCACCUAUUGA